AUGGCGUCGUCAUCAUCCCCGAAUAAAUCACCAAUAAUCAAUACAAAACUUCAAAAUAAUUAUUUUUUUUAUGGUACUCACCCAUUAAAAGUACCAAAUACACUUAUUCAUUCUAAUUCAACAGCGAGUUUAUCUACAUCAAAUACUACAGUUCAAAAUUCAACUCAUUUAUCACUUGAUUUAGCAAAUAGUCAUCAUAAUAAUUUUCGUCAUGGAUAUUCAUCAACAACAGAUUUAACAACAACAAAAUCAUUACAUAAUCUAGCAAAUUCUCGCAAAGACGAUGAUGAUAAUAAUGAGGUAAAAAAAACAAACAAAAAAAAAAAAAAGAAGUUUAUAUAUAUAUGA